AUGGAAGCGUCUGAAUUACCCGAAUUACACGGCGAGCCGACACAAUGUGAGAAAGUCGGCGAGGCCAUGCCCGACAUUGCGGGUUACGGAGUCUUAAUCGGUUUCAGCGUGCAGGCUUUCAUCUCACUAGUAUUGUCUAUCUGGGCGUUUUUCCUGACGAAAUUCGGUCGUCUCGAAGUCCAAGGGGAAGAGGGCACCGCGCAACAUGCGAACGAGAAGAAACGACUCGGAUUCGUAACUGAGAUAUUAAUGGUUGGAAACGAUUUGCAAAUGAUCACUGGACUCGCACUUAUCGGUACGGCGCUUGCACACGGGAGGGAAAUCGACUUAUACCAUCUACACUUAGUUUACGACACUGUUAGUUUCGUCGGUGUUUCGAAUGCGGCGGCGUUGGUCUGCUGGACCUUCAUGAGAGCCAAAUCACUUAAAUCACGAUCUCAUCAUAAGAUAUUCCCGGCUUACUGGACCGGUCGCUUCCGCGUUUCAUACGCAUUCGCAGUCCUGUUCUUAGGACUCACCAUCUUCCUCGAAGUUCGACUAGACGAAUGGUCACUUACCGCAGAAGAAGCCGGUCACUGUUACAUAACGACGGGUCUCGCAGUGCCAGGAGCUGACCACCCAACAACCGAUAAGGCAUAUGUAGCGAUCACGGCGGUGUGGCUUUUACUCGUCAUGUUCGGUUCCUUGUUCGCCUCAGUGAAAUUCCGGAAACCGUUACUGCUGCUCAGCGCGCUGCAAUUUCCGGUACAUCUCUACAUGAUGAUCAAGUUGCGAAUGGAAAACUACCCCUAUCUGGAGGGUGAAGAUGAGAAUAGAUGGGAUUUUGGACAGACAACUGCUAUUAUAUUGCUUGCUGUCACAGUUGUUCAACUGAUCCACCAGGGGAUCGAGUAUAUUAAAUUCGAGCGUGCUUUGAAAAAAUACGGACCUUCGUAUGCGUUAGCCCAAAAGGAGGAAUUUUCCGAGGUACCCUCGCUGGUUGAGCAGGGCCUUAGACAGAUCCAGGAGGCCAAGCAGAACGCGAGCAGCGUUCGUCUUGAGAGAAGCAGCGAAACAAGCCGGCAUGAUGAAAGCCACGAGCUGAUGGAGAACCCCGAGCAUAGAGCUUGA